AUGGUUCACCCGAGAUGCGCGACUAGGGGAGAUGUAUGGGACGGUAUAGAGCUUGAAGGGAUACCAGAGGAUACCGAAGAUAUUGCGCCAUUCAAGGUGGUGGGCGAUAACUUGAUAGUUCACCGUCUCCAUCCCGAGCAUCCACUAAGGCUCCAAAAGGAAACUAUCAUUCACGACGAUCAUGCACGAUGUGAAGCAUGUGUUCAUGGAGUCGGAUUAGAUCCAAUCUACAGUUGUGAUGAAUGUCGUUACAUUCUCCAUGAAAGUCAACCGAAGAAGACAUGGAGAAGAAGAUUCACGCAAGGCACAAUAGGGGAACCGGUGACACAAUCAACCGAAGAAGACGUGGAGAAGAAGAUUCACGCAAGGCACAAUAGGGGAACCGGUGACACAGUCAACCGAAGAAGUCGUGGAGAAGAAGAUUCACGCAAGGCACAAUACGGGAACGGUGACACAGUCAACCGAAGAAGACGUGGAGGAGAUCUACGCAAGAGAACGGUUACACAGAUAGCCGGAGACGUGAAGAAGAGUCACGUUAUAACGUCAAUGAGACGUUGA